UAACAUUUAUAUGAACUCAAAGUCCAGAGUCCUGCUACUCUACCUGAGAGCUAACAGGUUUCCUGCUCUACUCUGAUCCUGCAUUUCUCGAGUUAUUCAGAGAAUAACUUAAUAACAUGGAGCAGAUCACAGACUAUCUAUGCAGGUAUAAAAACUACAACUUUGCCAUCAAUUUCACAACUCCAGAGUACAUUGAUUCACUCCAGAGUUUUGAAAUAAGAGAUAGUGACAUAUUGCUCGUCACAUAUCCAAAGUCAGGUACAAUAUGGACUCAACAGAUCGUCAUCUCCAUUUGCGACUUAGAUGGAGGUCUGAAUAAAUAUCAAAACAACUUGGAGCAGAUGCCAUGGCUGGAGUAUAGGGAGUUUCGAGAAGAUUAUGCCCUACGACCUUCUCCACGACUCUUUGCCUCUCACCUCACACCGACUCUCUUACCUCCCGGACUUAAGGACAAGAAGGCAAAGAUCAUCUAUGUGAUGCGGAAUCCAAAGGACAACAUCGUCUCUUAUUACCACUUCUGUAAUAACUGUAGCGACCUGGAGACUCCAAAAAACUUUGAGGACUUCUUUGAGCAGUAUGUGACGGGCAACGUAUAUCUCCAUUUUACAGUGGGAGCAUCUUCCUGGUUUGACCACAUCAGCGAGUGGCAUUUAAAAAGAAACCAGUACAACAUCCUCUUCCUAAGCUAUGAGGACAUGAUUUUGGACCUGAAGGCGGCAGUAGCGAAGAUCUGCACUUUCUUAGGGAAGAACCUGAGUGACGCUGACAUUGAUAAAGUUGUGGAAAAGUCUACAUUCAACAACAUGAAGAAAGACUCGAGAGCAAACUACGAGUUUCUGCCACAAGAGAAGGUGAAGGCAGACUUCAUGCGCAAAGGUAAGAUCGGUGACUGGAAGAACACCUUAAGCGCCGCUCAGAGUCAAAGAGUGGAUCAACUGCUGCAGGAGAAACUUGGUGAUUUGUCUCUGAACUUCAUCUGGGAGUAAGAAGAGACGCAGAUGUUUUUAAUCAUGCAAUAUCCUGUAAAGUGCAUCUGAAAAAAACAUGGACAGUAAUUCAUGUGUAACCAUUGAUAUGCAUCACAAUAAUACUUUAUAACCCCUUCUUGGACUUUAGUAUUAAAAGAACAAGACACAAA